CAUCAACACCUGCAAAUGUACCCAGCCCGUGGACAUGGGCCGUGGUCUAUCGUUGAAGGGUCCCUGCAUCCCUCAGAUCCGGUUCCACUUCGACCCUCGCUUCGUGGUCUUCCCCUGUAGCAUGUUCCUCUACCUGGGCUGUGGCGGGAACGGAAAUAACUUUGUCCGGCGCAGCGAGUGUCGAGAGACCUGCAGGUUCCAGUCCAUUAUGAAGCAGAUGGAAAGGUCCAACACACUGGGCCUGAGCAGCCUGAGCGGGAACGGGACGUUGGUGAAUUUCCAGACGGGUCAAACCGUGGACGAUAUGCUGUCGGCCCUGGAGGAGGGUCAAGGUCAGGGUCAAGGUCAGGGUCAAGGUCAGGGUCAGGGUCAUAAUGCCACGCUCGGGGAGCAGGUCGUGGAGGGGUAGGAGGAGGAGGGCGUCUAUCUUUAGCUACGUCAUAGUUAUGACGUCAGAUCUCAAUGUAUACGUUACAGAAUGAUGCGAAAAAGAUAAUUCCACCCAGCGUAAUUAAUUUGGUGCUUGUCAUAUUACAAAAAAUAUGGCAUAAGUCAUUACAUUUAUUAAUAAUAUACAAUGACGAUUGCCUUUUUCAUCUUGACAAAACGAGAUUAGAGAAGUAUACAUGAUACAGCUUGUUUGGCUGGGAGAGCUCAUUUCUUCUAAUGCUGAAGUGUGAUAUUUUAUACAACCAUUUCUGUUGGCCUUGACAGUAUGAUGUUAAUAUAUUAUACCCUAGACGAUGUCUAAUGAGCCUCAUUUCUCUGUCUGUUGUGGGGAUGUGUCAACAGAGUUUUCUCAUAAGUGCUCUUUUAGUCACUCAAUAUCAUGCUGGUCUGUCUACAAAGUGCUUGGCCCUGGAUCAGUUUCCACACUGAGUGUUUUUGAACUCGGGUUAUUUUGUGGGGUUUUUAAGGCUCUCAACCCAAUCGGUUCUGUCAUAUCGGAGAUGGAAGCUAAGUUCUAAGGUCUUGUGUCUUAUAUAACGUAUAGUGUUGAUAACAGGCGUAAAACCAAUUAAACGCUUUCUUGAUUACUGUU